AAAAUCCUAACACGUGAUUCCGGGCAUCGUGGUCGGUGGUCCUUGUCAAGAUUCUUUUAUCUUCACGUUAUAAAUCAAACCACGGAUAAAGAAACAACAAAAGCAAGAAAAAAAAAAUGAGUGGCUCCGGUGCGCAGCUUCACAAUGUUUUCGUCUAUGGUAGCUUUCAGGAGCCUGAGGUCGUCAAGGUCAUGCUUGAUCGCACUCCUGAAAUCAUCUCUGUAACACUCCCUGGCUUUAAGAGGUUUAGGCUUAAAGGGCGUUUGUAUCCAUGUGUUAUACCGUCUGAAGAUGGAGAAGUUCAUGGAAAGUUACUAAUGGGAUUAACGGAUGAAGAACUUGAGAAUGUAGAUGCUGUUGAGGGUAAUGAAUAUGAGAGAGUGACAGUUGGUGUUGUAAGAGAGGACAAUUCUGAGAAGAUGACUGUGAAAACAUAUAUAUGGAUCAAUAAAGAUGAUCCUGAUAUCGAUGGAGAAUGGGAUUUCGAGGAAUGGAAACGACUCCACAUGAAGAAAUUCAUAGAGACGUUCAAAGAAAUCAUGGAAUGGAAGAGGAAUCCUCAAGGAAAGGGAAGGGACGACUUCAACCAUGUCCUGCGCGAUGCUCCAUCGGCUUGAAUUGAAUUUGUGUUAAGAGUAUGUUCUAUGUUUCAUUUUUCUCCAGAUUCCGAGUAUAAUAAAACCUAGAAAAGUGAUAGGUAUUGUGGAGAUCAGUGAAAAUAUAGUAAUGCUAUAUGUUAUUUUGUAUGUUCUAUGAAUCAUUUUUCUUCCAGAGAUUUUGGCAUUUAUAUUGUGUAUGGUUUUGAUCA